AUGUCUGCUCAGGAAACAGCCUUGACAAAAUCUCUCGAUAAUAUCUUGACCCGCCGUAAACAGUCUGGCCUUCCCCUCCUUGCUAUCGACGGGCCCUUCGUAUCCCCUACCCCGGACUUCUUCUCUAAUGACUACCUUUCAUUGUCAACAAGCCCCUUGCUCCGUGAACGUUUCCUGUCCAAGGCCCUUUCUGCCCCCCGCCUCUUCGGUUCGACAGGCACCCGCCUCGCCACUGGCAACAGCGAAGGCUACCGUGCUCUCGAAGAGCGUCUCGCCCACUUCUUCCAAUCCCCUGACGCACUGCUCUGCACCUCCGGCUGCGUCGCCAAUGAGGUCUUCUGGUCUACAGUACCACAACCAGGCGACGUACUCAUCUUUGACCAACUCGUACACAGCUCGAUCCGCGAGGGUGUGCGUCUUUCGCAUAUCCCGAAAGAUAAACAACACAAAUUUAGACAUAAUUCCGUGACGGCGUUUGAGCAGUGCUUGGAGGAUGCUUUGAAGAAGUACCAUGCACAGAUUGUGCGAGGGUCGGGGACGGUGUUCGUCGCUAUUGAGAGUGUUUACAGCAUGGACGGAGAUUUCUCGCCUUUGGAGGAUAUCGUGCGUACUGUGGAGGAGUUAGUGUUGAAAUGCCAUGCCCAUAUCUGUGUCGACGAGGCCCAUAGUUCAGGAAUAUUUGGACCCUAUGGACGUGGAUAUGUCGCCCUUCUUGGUCUCAAGGAGCGCAUCCGCACGAUGAUGCAUACACUUGGGAAAGCGUGGGGCCAUCGAGGAGGUCAUACCUGGUCAACUAUGCCAAAGCAUUUGGAUACACCACUGCCAUGGCCACUGGAUGUCCAUGUGAUCAACUCCUGUCUCGACAUCAUCUCCGGACCAAAAGGACAGGAGCUCCGAAACAAACUCAGCCACAUCAUCCAAUAUGCACAGACCCACCUCGGAAAUGCUUUGCAGCCUUUCCCUGCGCAAAUCAUUACCCUCACCCCUGCUGACUUGGACCGCGCCGCCGCCCGGCGAAGUGCAGAACUCAAGUUGUACUCUCCUGUGAUUCCCCUACUCAGCCCUCACGCCGUCGAGCUGUCGCACUACCUGAUCGACUGCGGAUACAAUGCUAGUGCAGUCACCUACCCGGUUGUUAAAGUGUCGAGGGUGCGCGUGAUCGUACAUGCUGGAAAUACGCAGGCGGAGGUUGACAGGUUCGUGGAGAAGGUCGCCGAAUGGGCCACUGCAAAGAAUCAGACAUUGAAUCAGGAGGGAAAGCCGGUUGGUGAGGUAUCGGGAGAGGGUCGUGGAACUGUCAGAGGACGACUGUAGCGAGUGCCCUCUGACGCCUGUCAGGGGUGCAUGAGCCUGAAGUAUGCCGGUAAUCAAACCAGUGUUGCGAGCAUAAGCAUACUUGAUGUAAGGCAUUAUGUAACGUAUGUUGCGUCCACCUGUCAAUGCGAACGUACGAC